AUUUUGUCACACAAGAUAAUAGACUCGUAAAAAAUUACGGAUACAGGGCUAUCCUACUUAUAGCGAGGUGUCCGAGCCUCAAUUCAAGCCUGCACAAGGCUGUUGCGCCGACGAGAAGGCAGUGCGCCGGCAUUACGCUCUCAUUGUGUUUACAAUCGCACUUCAUUGCACACGAAUACAAAUACAAAAAAAAGUAACAUUAAAUAGUACUUUUGUUGCUUAAUUUUCUACACUGUGACAAUAUUUCAACAAUGUCUAUUCCGGAAUCAUUUGUGCUGUCUGGAGGUGAUUUGAUGCCGCGAAUCGGUUUUGGAACUUGGCAGGCAUCAGAUGAUGUACUUGAGCCCGCAGUAGCAGCGGCUCUCGGAGCUGGUUACCGUCAUUUUGACUCUGCACGUGCCUACGAAAACGAGGCGGCGCUUGGUCGAGCACUCAAUCGCUGGAUCAACAAUGAUCCCAAGAAGAGGAAGGAACUAUUUGUCGUCACGAAACUACCACCAGGAGGUAACAGACCAGACUUAGUGGCGGAGUACUUCAACGCUUCGAUGAGUGACCUCGAUCUAGACUACCUCGACUUGUACCUCCUGCACACGCCCUUCGCGUUUGAGCACGUUCCUGGAGACCUGCAUCCUAUGAAUCCUGACGGAACCAUUAGAGCUGAUCUUACUACAGACCUCAUCGGAGUUUGGAAGGCACUACUCAAGUUGAAGGAGAGCGGUCGUGUGCGUCACGUGGGCGUGUCUAACGUAAACGAGGAACAGCUGCAGCGACUAUGCGCGGUGGAGAAACCUGCCUGCCUGCAGGUGGAGGUACACUUACUGUGUCAGCAGAGGGCUCUCAUCGCCGCGGCCAACAAGCUUGGUAUACCCGUAGUGGCAUACUCCCCACUCGGCUCAAAAGCCCUCGCGGAUGCUCUAGCCGCAAAAACAGGGCGAGAAUACCCCGACCUACUACAGUUACCGGCGGUAUUGAAAAUUGCAAAAACUCAUGGUAAAACUCCUGCUCAAGUGCUACUGAGACAUUUACUUCAGACCGGAGUCGCGGCCAUACCUAAGAGCACCAACCCUGAGAGAAUCAAACAGAAUAUCUCUGUAUGGGAUUUCAAACUGUCAGAUGAGGAGAUGUCAGAAUUACGCGCGCUCGACCGCGGCGAGGAGGGUCGGAUAUGUGACUUCUCUUUCUUUAAGGGUAUUGAGAAGCAUCCAGAAUUUCCUUUCAAGAAAUCUUAAAACUAUGUCAAUAUAAAUCUACUCACGUCUGUUUAGUUAACACUAAAGGUGUAUAGGCUUAAAAAUAUACAUAAUUAAAAUAUUUUUAAAAAUAUGUUUAAUGCACAUGAAACUAUAUUACAAAGAUAUAUAAUAAACAAAUAUCCAAAAAAAAUCCUAUUCAUUUGUACUGUAUUGUAUUAAAUACACACGCAGAGUAUUUCGUGAAUAUUAAAAUUAAUGCACAUUAUUUAAAUAGGAAAUGAACAAUGGCCUUUAAGUAAAACUAACCUUUAAACCUUAUUUAAACGGUAACAUCGAAUAUGUCUGUAAUGUUAAUAUUGUUUCAAGAUAUGCAUCAAAAUUAUUUAUUUUCUGAAAACAUACCACAAGGAUAAUAAUUAAAUAAACUCCCGCCAAAUUAACCAUGUCUAUGAAUCCUCUAUCGAACAUUAUGCCACAAUCUAUAAAAUAAAAAUAAAAACUUAUUUGCCAUACGUUUGGAAAUAAUGCAAAUCUAUGGUAGAUAUUAAAAAUCGAUUCAGCCGUAAAACUUACAGAAAUUCAUAAUAAAAUGGACAUACGUGUACGUAUUUAUAUUGCUGUAGCAAUACAAAAUUAUUAACCUAUUCCUAUUAAGGGAAAUACAAUAGCAAGAAUAAUAAAUACAACAUUUCAAACUUUGGAACA